GCGCCGCCCGCGGGGCUCCCCCCAUCCCCCACAAUGCAACGCGCGGCGCGGCUGACAUGGCGGCCGGGCCGGACUGAGCCGCUGGCGUCGGGGCCUCCAGCAGCCGGAGCCGGGCAUGGCGGGGCCGCAGCCCCGGCACCCCUAGGGGCGGCAGCCAGCAGACAAUCAGCUACGAUUCUUUCCUGCACAGUGGAUUUAAAAUCAACUUCAAAUUACUGGAGAAUUGCACUUUGAGUGGUCUCAAGAGACAGAAGAAGCAGGUCUUCACUAUAAUGGAAGAGGCCAGGAGCUCAAAGAAUGGAAAUCAUGACCCAAGGAAGUCUACCCGUGUUGUCUGUGAGGAAGGCAAAGCAGUCAAAAUUACAAAUAAUCAAAAUUAUAAACAUAAUAGAAAUGACAGAACUAUGAAGGAUGUUGGGAGAAGUUCUCCAAGUGGGAACAGCAGCAAAAAAAGUAAGCAAAAUGAUGGUUUUUCUGAAAAACAAGAAGAAAAUAAAUCAUGUAAAGUAAAUAGUUGUAUUCCUGGAACUAAAGAUACAGGGUCAAACCUUCAGGAUCGAAGUCAUGGAAAAGCAAAAAAAUUGUCAAAUUUAUCAUCAGCAGUGGAAAAUCUGAAACAGACAAAAGCUCAACAAGUGGGAGAAAACUUUCCAGGCUCCCAUGUUUCUGGGAAUGGAGUUAGUACGGAAACCUUAAUAGCUACCCGGAGAGGGAAACCGGGGUUGGAAAAUCCACUGGGAGUUCAUUCGGCGAAGACUAGUGUUGAUCAGACUGGUGAUCCUGGUAAGACUGCUUCAGAUCAAAGAAAAAUGGAACAUAAGUCUGAUGACUCCAGUAAAGAAAAGAAUUCCGAAUCAACUAAAGAACAUCCUUUGGAGGGUGAUUAUUUAGAAAACGCUGCUGUUAUUGAUGAAUCUAAUCUGACAGCUGAACAACAGCUAGGACUGAAACAAGCAGAAGAACGACUGGAAAGAGAUUACAUCUCCCGACUUGAAAAACGCUCCCCGGAAUACACCAACUGUCAGUAUCUAUGCAAGCUCUGCUUAGUUCACAUUGAAAAUAUCCAGGGAGCUCACAAGCAUAUUAAAGAAAAACGUCAUAAGAAAAAUAUAAUGGAAAAACAAGAAGAAAAUGAGCUGCGUGCCCUCCCACCCCCCUCCUCUGCACAGUUGGCUGCUCUGAGUUUUACACUCAUUGAGGCAGCAAAUGAACAAGGCAUAUCAGAUGAUGACUUCCGAAUCCGUCAAGAAAUUGUAAACGAGAUGGAGAAAAUUAUUCAACAGCCCUUACCAGACUGUUCACUGAGGAUGUAUGGCUCCUGUUUAACUAGAUUUGCUUUUAAAACGAGUGAUGUUAACAUCGAUAUAAAAUUUCCCCCUAAGAUGAGUCAACCAGAUGUUCUGAUACAGGUGCUUGAAAUCCUAAAGAACAGUGCUGUCUACUCAGAUGUGGAGUCAGAUUUCCAUGCCAAAGUUCCUGUUGUCUUUUGCAAAGAUGUUAAAAGUGGUUUGACAUGUAAAGUGAGUGCUAGGAAUGAUGUGGCUUGCCUUACAACUGACCUGCUGGCUGCACUUGGGAAACUGGAGCCUGUCCUUAUUCCCUUGGUUUUGGCUUUCCGCUACUGGGCUAGACUGUGCCACAUUGACUGCCAGGCUGAAGGUGGGAUUCCCUCAUAUUCCUUUGCCUUAAUGGUGAUAUUUUUUCUUCAACAAAGAAAACCACCUAUUUUACCAUCCUAUUUGGGCAACUGGAUUGAAGGCUUUGAUUCAAAGAGGCCGGAUGACCACCAGCUGAAAGGCGUGGAAGAACAAGAGUUUGUACGGUGGGAGUACAAACCAUCAACUAAUGGUUCAGGAAAAAACUCAGUUGGAGCAGAAGGUAAAACUAAAGUUGAACAACAAAAAGGUGGUGGUAAGAAGGUAACAAGCUCAGAAGUGGACAACCAAAGUAAUGCAAAGGAGAAACAUGGCAAUUCUCCCUUAGCAUUCAAAACCCCUCACCAAGUUUCACUGGGGCAACUGUGGUUAGAACUAUUGAAGUUUUACACACUGGAAUUUGCUUUGGAGGAGUAUGUCAUCAGCAUACGGGUACAAGAACUCUUAACCAGAGAGAACAAAAACUGGCCUAAAAGGCGAAUAGCCAUUGAAGAUCCUUUUGCACUAAAGAGGAAUGUUGCACGAAGUCUGAAUAGCCAGAUGGUAUUUGAGUACAUCCUGGAGCGAUUUAGGACAGCUUAUAAAUAUUUUGCAUGUCCACAAAGUAAAGAUGGGAUUAAAUCCAAACCAGAUACCAAGAAAAAAGAAAAAGGGAAAAUUAACAAUAAGAAAUCCACAAGGUCUGAAGAGCCUGUAGCCAACUGUUGCCUUCCACAAGGGGAAAAAGUUGCAGAUAAGCAAAAUAUAGGAAGUGGAUGUAACAUACCAGAGAAUGAACUUGAAUGUAAUGAAAUAGUAGAACCUGGUGCCAAAAGAUACACUUCCAAGAACAUAGACUCUUUGCUACUUUCUACGUUGGACUCUAAUUAUGAUGAAGACAAAGAAGAAACUUUAUCCCUUAUUUCUAAUGAAUGCUGUGAAUUAAAGCAAAAAUCACUUAAAGAGAGGGAUGAUGUAGAAAUUUCAGGAGUUUGUCUAACUGAAGGUGAGCUAAGCCACCAUUGUAACUGCAGUGAACAUCAGUCUUACGACACAAAUUCUAGUAAUGAAUUUUCUGAUGCUGAAAGUAGACCGAGUUUGGUAACAGAGUCUUCUCAGAAGAGUAAGUGCACUGGCACACCAGCUACCUCGCACAACUGCAAAGCAAUGGUGGAAGCUCAUGAUCAUAAAGAUGAAGGCAGACUCUCUACAGAAGAAAUGCAUUAUGUGUUUGAUAAGUUUAUUUUGACUUCAGGAAAGCCACCAACUAUAGUAUGCAGCAUCUGCAAACGGGAUGGACAUUCCAAAAAUGACUGCCCAGAGGAUUUUAAGAAAAUUGACCUAAAACCACUACCACCAAUGACAGACAGAUUUCGGGAAAUACUUGAUAUAGUGUGUAAAAGAUGUUUUGAUGAAUUAUCCCCUCCUUUAUCAGAGCAGCAAAACAGAGAACAAAUUCUGGCAAGUUUGGAAAGGUUUAUUCGAAAAGAGUAUAAUGACAAAGCCAGACUUUGCUUAUUUGGCUCUUCAAAGAAUGGAUUUGGGUUUCGGGACAGUGAUCUAGACAUCUGCAUGACCUUGGAAGGCCAUGAAAAUGCAGAGAAAUUAAACUGUAAGGAAAUAAUAGAAGGUUUGGCAAAAGUUCUUAAGAAGCAUCCAGGUUUGAGAAACAUCUUGCCUAUAACAACAGCCAAAGUGCCUAUAGUAAAAUUUGAACACAGACGAAGUGGUUUAGAAGGAGACAUCAGUUUAUACAAUACACUGGCACAGCAUAAUACAAGAAUGCUCGCUACAUAUGCAGCUAUUGACCCUAGAGUGCAAUACCUGGGUUAUACAAUGAAAGUUUUUGCAAAGCGCUGCGACAUUGGAGAUGCAUCCCGAGGGAGUCUGUCUUCAUAUGCCUAUAUCCUUAUGGUUUUGUACUUUCUACAGCAGAGAAACCCACCAGUUAUUCCAGUUCUUCAGGAGAUAUUUGAUGGAAAACAGAUUCCACAGAGAAUGGUGGAUGGAUGGAAUGCCUUUUUCUUUGAUGACAUGGAAGAACUGAAGAAGCGUCUGCCUUCUCUUGGAAAGAACACGGAGUCCCUCGGAGAACUCUGGUUAGGGUUGCUGCGAUUCUACACUGAAGAAUUUGACUUCAAGGAGUACGUGAUCAGCAUUCGGCAGAAGAAGUUGUUAACUACGUUUGAGAAACAGUGGACAUCCAAAUGUAUUGCCAUUGAAGAUCCGUUUGACUUGAAUCAUAAUCUUGGUGCUGGAGUCUCUAGGAAAAUGACCAAUUUCAUAAUGAAGGCAUUUAUCAAUGGGAGGAAACUAUUUGGUACCCCGUUCUACCCAACUGUUGGAAGAGAAGCUGAAUACUUUUUUGACUCAAAAGUGCUGACAGAUGGGGAAUUGGCACCCAAUGACAGAUGUUGCCGUGUCUGUGGAAAAAUUGGUCACUACAUGAAAGACUGUCCAAAGAGGAGAAGGUUGAAGAAAAAGGAGAAUGAGAAAGAUGAUGAAAAAGAAGUGAAAGAAGAUGACAGAGAAACAAGAGAGAAAAGAUGCUUCAUCUGUGGGGAUGUGGGUCAUGUUAGAAGAGAUUGUCCUGAAUUCAAACAAACACGACAGAGAAAUAAUAGUGUGCCAGGUGCCCAGUUGGUCCGAAGCAUGGUAAAUUCACAGCUAGUGGCUGUGAGCCAGCAGCAGGUGGAACGACCCUUGCGUACUAGACAGUCAUCAGAAUGUUCUGAUUCGCAUCAGUCAUCUUACUCUCCACAACCUCAACAAUUUACACAGAAUUCCUCUCAGCCAGCCUCCAUUAACCAGACUCAGCCACAACCAAUAUCUCAGUCUAAGCACGUUCCGCAACCGCAGCAGGGUGCACAGCCGCCCCAUCAGGUCCAGCUGCCUUUGUUUAACUUUCCCCAAUCUCCCCCAGGUCAGUAUUCCACCUUGCAUAACCUGGGACUACUUCAGAUGCACCAUCACCACCAAAUUCAGCUUCCCAGCACUUCAUGGCCUAUUCAUGGGCCCGUUAUUCACUCUGCACCGGGUAACCCUCCUCAUUCUACAAAUGUUCCGUUUUCUAUGAGGUCUGGCAGCAGCACCACCACAAAUAACCAGAGCAGUGUAAGCUUGAAUGAUCCCAGUAUCAUCUUUGCACAGCCUGCUGCCAGGCCCAUGGGAAUCCCCAGCACUUCUCAUGAGGGACACUGGCACAAUCCUGUGACUCCAAACUCACUGGUGAACAAUGGCACUGUGGGGAACUCAGAUCAGGGUUUCCAAGGACAGUUUGGUAAAAUGAACCCUCCUUCUGUCCCUUGGGACCAUGGGACCCCUACCCAUUUUCCUCUCCUCCGAGGAGCGUGGCCUUACAAUAUGCCUCAGAACUACAUGCAGCAGGGAAAUGCCAGCUAUCCACCGAACAAACCUUUCUACCCUCAAGCUGGUCCACUGAUGCAGAGUAACCAGCGGUUCUCGCUUCUGUCUCAAGGACACCCACACUUGAAUCUGAAUUACAUUCAACAGAAAAAGUGAAAUUUAAGGGGAUUACGGGUGGGCGGGGAAGGGGAGAAGAAAAUCAGGUUCUGAUUUAAAAUCUUAAUGCAACAUGUUUAGAUACAAGAUUAUUUAAGACUGUUUUUAAACUGUAUCAUUUGUACAUAGAUAUGAACUAUAGUUUUUACUAGUAUCACAAAACUGAGUGAUACAAAUUUCAUCUAUUUUAUUACCCUAUUUUUAAGGGGACUUGUGUUUUGUUUUAUCUUGAUAAACUGUAAAGAGAGAGAAUUUUUAAAAUUAAGUUCUUUAUUUUCUAUUAGCUGUAUUCAUACUUUGGUUGCUUCAGACUUUAUAUAUAUUGUUCUAAAAAAAUAAAAUUAGAAAGGGAUUUCAUGUGUUUAAAAAUUUGUCACUUCUAUUCUUUACAGAACUAUGUAGUGCCAAAAAAAAAAACUUUUUAAAAGAAAAAUAAAACUGCAAAAAAAAGAA